CUCAGAAACCACACUGCUGUUGUGCACGAGGCCGCACAAGUUUGCAGGAGACGCAGAUGGUGCCGAUGAAAGGAAAGGAUCGGGGAGAGGAAGUCAGCUUGAACAGGUCCAACCACAGACACGGUUUCAGAGAGUUUGAGCCAAAGUGAAGUGAAAAGAGAGGUUAAGUGAGAGAGGAAGACUGUAGUUACAUAUGAGGUCUCUGCGUUCGCUGUUGUUUUUUUUAAAGCAGGGUCAGCACCUAAAAAAAAAAACGCGGAAAACCCCCAAAGCUGAGAUGUUCCUCCACUUCAGACCUGCAACUUUUGCAGAAGGAAGACCACCCACCGACCUCUACUCCCCUCCUGCACUCUCACGCCCCUACUUUAAGGUGGAAAGAGGUAGAGAGCAGAAAGAGGAAGCGGCAUGAAGCUGAGAAGCUUUUACCUUGUCUUCAGUACUUCUCUGUUUUUUAUAACCAAAUAAUGAAACACAGAGGAACUAUUCUCACUUGGGUUGACUGCGACUGAGAGGUAACAGGAGGGUUUACAAGAGUCGCCAUCAUGAGGCCUAACACCUGCUGGACUCGACUGCAUGUGUCCGUCUUGGCAGUGCUGCUCCUCAUUUUGGAAGCUGACAGUACAGAUGAAUGUGAAGUUCAAAUUAAAGUACGCAGCAAAACAAAAUAUAAAGCUCUCCUUGGAGAAGAACUAAAGAUUGACUGUCCAGUUACGUUCUGCGACGAUACACCACCUGAAAUCUCCUGGUUUAAACUCGAAGAAACUGGUGAUCCUAUAAACAUUAGCGGGAGAAGUCGCUUCAGAUCAGAGUGGAAAACUUUGAAGCAUUUAGAGGGAGUUUCAGUUUUGAUCAUUCAAAACUUUGUCAGAAACGACUCGGGUAUAUAUCGGUGUAAAGGUGGUUCCAAUGUUGGACAUAAAAUCAAUGUUUAUCUCAAUGAGAGUAGUGAGCCUAACAAUUCAACACAAAAGAAAGACAUAAACGGCACCCAUACAGAUGCUGAACACCUAUGGAUGUACGUGUACACCGCUGCAGGGAUUGUGGCAUUCGUCCUCUUUGUGAUUCUUGUAUCUCUUGCGUCGAUGCGAGGAUGUAAAGGAAAAGCAAAGAGCGAGAGGAUAGAGGAUAAUCAUUACAUGGCGAUCCCAAUGGUCGAGCAACCCUUCCCAAACCCCCGCACCCAGCCUUCACCAAGAGGAAGUCCGUCUCUGCCGCUGCCUCAGAGAUCUAUGCGGAGAAAGAAACCGCUGCCACAACCCAUCGAGCCGCCAUCACCCAGAGACAAUGAGUGUGUUUACAGCAAGGUAAAAGUAGACAGAGAUCAACAGAGGAAUACGCUGGAAGAGAACGGGGGCUCUGUUGUGUAUGCCGCCCUCAACCAUCAGCUCCCAGCCAGGCCUGUUGCUCGGCCGAGGAGGCAGAAGGAGGAGUGUUCAGAGUACGCUGCGAUCCGUGUUAGAGACAGCAGCUCUUAGACCACUGAGGGACUUUUCAAAAUGAUAGAAAACCAAAAUGAAACUGCCACAACGAGAGAUGUGAAUGUUGGACGGACACAGAUCUCAAACUAUCUUUUUUUGUUGUUGUUGCACAUCCAAGAUCUGAAUUAAGGUCAUGUAGCAGAAAUAGUCAGAGGCUGUUGUUACGCAUGCACAAAACUCCUGAGAAGUUCCAGAAAUGUUGAAUGUCAGCCGCAUGUGUGAACUCACUUUUUUCAUCGUAAAAUCUGAAAGUGAAGUCUGGGGGAGCUGAUGUGUGAACGCGGCAGGAAAUAUUCAAUCACUGUGAGACAGAGCGAGGGAGUGGGUGAACUUCGAGCCCGUCUAUCCAGUUUGUUCUUUUCCUGUGAAUGAGUGAAAUGUUCUUGAAGUUUUCAGGAGUGCAUGUGUGAAAACGGCUUUACAAACCUUUGACUCAUCAUACGACGAUACGAAUGACUAGCUUCUGUGCUUUUAUGUGUCACAGCCUUUGAGAAAAAAUGAAUGUGAUUCUUUUACCCGCAUACUGAGAAUGUAUUGAUUAAUUCAUAAUCCGUGCAAUUAAAUACACAAUGACUGCUUGAUUUGACAUCA